AUGCGCCUUAUCCAUCUCCCCUCCGCCCUCCUGGCGCUCCUCAGUCUCCCCCUCCUGACUCCCGCUACCCACACCUCCAACUGGGCAGUGCUGGUCUCGACGUCGCGCUUCUGGUUCAACUACCGCCACCUCGCCAAUGUUCUCUCCCUCUACCGCACCGUCAAGCGCCUUGGCAUCCCCGACAACCAAAUCAUCCUAAUGCUGCCCGACGACAUGGCAUGUAACCCGCGCAACUCCUUCCCCGGCAGCGUCUUCAACGACAAGAGCCGCGGCCUCGACCUCUACGAUGACAAGAGCGGUGCGUUGGGAGGGGAUGACAACCUCGACAUGGGCGGAAUAGAAGUGGACUACCGCGGCAACGAAGUGACCGUUGAGAACUUCAUCCGCCUGCUGACCGAUCGCUGGCCGGCAUCACACCCGCACAGCAAGCGCCUCAUGACCGGCCCACAAUCCAACAUCCUCAUCUACAUGACCGGCCAUGGGGGGAACGAGUUCCUCAAAUUCCAAGACAGCGAGGAGAUUUCCUCCUUCGAUCUGGCCGAUGCCUUUGAGCAGAUGUACGAGAAGAAGCGCUACCACGAGAUGCUAUUCAUGAUCGACACGUGUCAGGCGAACACCAUGUACUCGGCCUUCUACAGCCCCGGAAUUAUAGCCACCGGGAGCUCGGCGAAAGACCAGAGCAGCUAUAGUCAUCACGCUGACCAGGAUGUCGGCGUGGCAGUCAUUGACCGCUGGACCUACUUCUACCUCGAGUUUCUCGAGUCACGCCUCAACAGUACCAGUUCCGACGUGCGGCUGGGCGAGCUGUUCGACUAUCAGACCUUUGACCGCGUGCAUUCCGACGCGGGCGUGCGGUAUGAUCUCAUCGCGGGCGGUGAGCACGCGGCAAGGGACAAGCGCGUGCUGGAUUUCUUUGGCAAUGUGCAAGGGGUGGAGAUCGAGCCCGGCCUGAGAGCCGCUCCGGAAGACUGGAAGAAGGAUUUGGAGGCGUUGCAGAAGAUUCUGGAGUCGACGCAGGAGAAGCUGGAUGUAUUGAGCGGUGUCGACGAUGCUGCUGCCAGUCUUCAUGCGAAAGGAGCCGAGGCCACAGCUGCUACUGCAAGUAAUGGCCAGGCGGUCAGCAGGACUGCUCUCGACAUGGCACACCAGGGCGACAAGUGGCUCAAGAAGGUUGCCGGCGCCGCCUCACUACUGGUCCUUUCUGGCGUGUGGCUUGCAUCGAGUGCAUGGACGAAGCGAGCCGCGAGUGCAUAA